AUGAAAUUGUAUUUAACAGCUGAGUCUAUAGAUCAGUUGGAUGAAGCUGAUCUUCUCGCGCGAUUGGACUGGGUCAAUUCCUUAAAUUCGACAUUUGACUCCACACAGACAUCGCUGGAACGGCUGGAUUUAAAGGAGACUUCGAGUGAUAGGCGAUGGGAAUUUUCGGAGGUUUUUAUGGAUGUGAAGGCGAAGCUCAAUAGAGACUUAGCGGCCCAGCGCAAAUUGCAAUUGUCGGGUAGCAUAGCUGCCAACUCCACAUCUAUAGACAUCAACCACCAUUCUGAUCUUUCUUUUCGGACACGGAAGCCUCGAUUACCCAACCUGGAGAUUGCUCGUUUUCAUGGAUCUUAUGCUGAGUGGCCGGAUUUUCUCGCAACGUUCACCGUGGUCAUUGGAAAUGAUGACGAGCUAAGCGACAUUGAAAAGCUGCAAUAUUUACGGUCUUGUCUAGGCGGCGUGGCUCUGGAGACCAUACGCUCGCUCGAACCUUCAAAUGAUAAAAAGGCUUUGAAUCUGCUCAUAAAUCGAUUUGAUAAUAAAGUUUUACAUGUUCAGGCACACGUUCAGGCAAUAUUUGGUUUUAAAAGUGUCGAGAAGGGAUCUGCCAAAGGUCUUCCUGGAUCAACGGACUCGUGA